AUUGUUUGACGCCGUUAUUGAAGAGAGUCCGUGUGCGUGUCUGUGGGCCAUGACUUUCAGCUGAUCAGGAAGUUGCUGCUGUCAGUCAGUCGGCGCGCUGCUGCUGUUACAAACCAAAACGUCGCUCUGAAUAGAGACGCGCUUUAAGUAUUAUGUUAUGACAUAAAUACGCUGCUGGUAGAUACAGCACUUUUAUUUAUACAGCAUGUUCAUUUGCUGUAUCAUCGGUCUUGGACUUUAAACUGAUGAAAAUUGAUACUUAAUAAGGCGGGGCAAGGCAAGUGUAUUUAUAUAGCACAUUUCAUAUAGCACAUGUGUGUUGUGCGCCUUUCACAACACACAUCGUUUCAAAGCAGCUUUACAGAAUAUCAGCAUUAACAGACGAUAAAACUAUAAUGUCUAUAAAGUCGAUUAAUCAUCAUUGUGUAAUUUAGAUAAAAUACGAUUUUUAAUAGUGUUUAAAAAUAAUUAAAUGAUAAUUGUAUUAAUAACCCCAGUGAGCAAGCUGUAGGCGACUGUGGCAAGGAACACAAAACUCCAUAAGAUGUAGAUUAAUGGAGAAAAAUAACCUUGGGAGAAACCAGACUCACUGUGGGGGCCAGUUCCCCUCUGGCUAACAUUAUGAAUGUAAUGUAAAUAUUAAUUAUGUAUAGGUAAAAUCAUGGUUUAAAAUUAUUAAACUAAGUGUUAAGGGUCAGUGAUUAAACAUCGAUUGUGUUUGAACUGUAAGAUUAAUGACCAAAGUCUUUGAAGUCCAUCUUGAUUCAUUGCAGAAGUUCACAUAGAUGCAAUUGUCCUUGUUAAUUGGCUGAUGAAGGCUUUUGUUGGCAAUAGUUAGUCUAAGCAUUUCAUUUCAAGAUCGUAGUCCAUAAAUAGACCGAGGUGAUGCAGGUUGGAGUUGGCAUCAUUUCAUCCUCUGAAGUCCGUCAUAAUAGAUUGAAGUGAUGUUUGGCUGGCACCGGCUGCAUUUAGUCAUCAUCAUUCUGCGACAUGUAGCAGUGGAGUCCAACUUGAAGCAGGAAUGGUGUUGGAUCCAGCCGGUUCUGGUGACCUCAGGAUAGGAGUCCCAAGGUUGAGACAGGGAAACAAAUAAAAAGAUGCCCUUGGAGUCAAGGUAUGUAUUCACCUUGGGAAUUUCACCUUUGUUGCCAAAUACAAUGACCUCUGUCUUGUUGUUUAACUGAAGGAAGUUUUGGCACAUCCAGCUGUUAAUUACAUCACAGAGAGUCUAUGGGGCUGUAAUCAUUUGGCGAUUGGGAUAGAUCGAUCUGGGUGUCUUCUGCAUGGUAUGGUAUGCAAUUUGGUUCUUUUUCAUAAUUUUGGGAGCAUCUACAGGUUAAACAGGAACGGUGCAAGAAUUGAGCCUUGUGGGACUCUGCACGUCAUGGAUGUUCACUCGGAUUCAUAGUUGCCUAUGUUCACAUAAUAACCCCGCUCUUCAAGAUAUGACCUGAACCAGCUGAGGACCGUUCCAGAUAGCCCAACCCAGUUUUCCAAUCUGUCUAGGAAAUACUGUUUGAAACGUGAUUAAUUUCACUGUCUGCAACUGGCUUUGGUCAUCACUGUCUAAAUGCAUAUAAUUUUAUAUUCAAAUUAGGGCUGGUAAUGUAAGAAAGAAAAGUAUAUUGGUUUAUUACAUGUUUACUGAAGUCGAAUAGCUAUAAAACGCGCACACUGUAACAAUCCACAGUGUCUAUCAUUUAUGACCAUUAUGAAAUUGUUAUGGUGUAAACAUGAAAUAUUUGUUGACAUGCUCGUUUGAAUGUUUAGCUUUAGAUGCGUCUUAUCCAUACUGUUAUAAGUGGGCUUUUUUAGCAAAUCAGAUUCUGUUGUAUUUUGACCACUGGCAUCUCUGUUUAUUUAUAUAGGAAAUCCUCACAGAAGAAACAAAAACAUGUCGAGUCGAAGUGGUAAGAAAAAGACCACAAAGACAUCCCGCUCGAAUAAAGCUGGAGUGAUCUUUCCUGUGGGCCGGAUGCUGCGGUACAUUAAGAAAGGACUUCCCAAAUUCAGAAUCGGUGUUGGAGCUCCAGUCUACAUGGCUGCAGUACUAGAAUACUUGACUGCUGAAAUUCUGGAACUGGCUGGAAAUGCAGCCAGAGAUAACAAGAAGGGCCGAGUCACACCUCGACACAUUUUACUAGCCAUCGGUAAUGACGAGGAACUCAAUCAAUUGCUGAGGGGCGUCACCAUCGCUGCUGGUGGAGUUUUGCCCAAGAUCCACCCAGAACUGCUGGCGAAGAAGAGAGGCUCUAAAGCAAAGCUGGAAACUAUCAUCACACCCUCACCAGUAAAGAGGUCCAAGACCAUCAAAAAAACACUUGUCAAGAGACUCGGCACCAAAAGUUCACCCAGAGUGAAGAAGCGAGGUGAGACGAGUAAAGCCGUCAGUGCAGACAGCACCACAGCGAGCAGUGUGGCCGGUGGCUUCAAUGUGCUCUCUUCAAAGACACUGUUUCUCGGCCAGAAGUUGCAAGUCAUUAAAGCUGAUCUUGCCACCAUGGAAAGCGAAGCUGUUGUUCACCCUACCAACUCUACCUUCUACAUGGGUGGUGAAGUAGGCAGUGCUUUGGAGAAGAAAGGAGGGAAAGAGUUUGGAAAUGCAGUACAGGCACUGCACAAGAAGCAUGGUCCUUUAGAGGUGGCAGGAGCGGCCAUCACGUCAGGAUAUGGUCUUCCUGCAAAGUUUGUCAUCCAUUGUAACAGUCCAGGGUGGGGUUCAGAUAAGUGUGAGGAGAUGCUGGAGAAGACAGUGAGGAAUUGUCUUGCUCUAGCAGAUGAAAAGAAGCUAAAAUCUGUGGCAUUCCCAUCCAUUGGCAGUGGCAGAAAUGGUUUUCCAAAGCAGACGGCAGCUCAGCUCAUUCUGAAGGCCAUCUCCAGCUACUUUGUGACAACAAUGUCAUCGUCUAUCAAGACAGUGUACUUUGUCCUGUUUGACAGUGAGAGUAUAGGGAUAUAUGUGCAUGAGAUGGCAAAACUUGAUGCCAAUUAAAGUUGCAAUUAUUCUCUGUAUAUUUAAAAAUAAAUAGUUAAAAAUAAGGUUAAAAGAAAUAAUGUGUUUAAAUAUAAAUUGCAGAGGUGAUACAUUUUUCAGUGGAUAAAUAUAUUUUUGUUGGUACUUUAUCAGAACAGCAAUAUAAUAGUUUUCUGUACUAAAUGAGUGAAUUGUUGAAUGUCAUUCUAUUAUUUACUUUAUAAAAAAAGUGCUGUUCUAUUUCAGCUCUGUGCUUGUUUGUUGAAUUGACAAAAUUCAUUACUUUGUCUCUUAUUUUGCUCUAUUUUAACUCAUGAUAAUAAUAUGUUAAUAUUCAACUGUAUGUGAAAAGAAUUUGGGGGAAAUAUACUGUAGAUUUGUGGAGUAACUUUUGUUUAAUGUAAUGUAUUUUGCACAGUUGUCAUCUUGCAUCCAUCAUGAUAUCAUGUAAAAACAUUUGGUUUUCAUAUCCUUCCUGCUGUAAAAUAGGCAGUCACCACAGACUGCAUGCGUCCAGUGAGCAGGUAUGCUUUAGGUGUGUGAAUCUGCAGAGCCCUGACAUUACAAUAUUGCAUAGAUAUCUGUUGCGGUAUGAAAAGAUUGUGAUUCUUUACGUUAAGUGUGUAGUGAUUCAAACUAUUUUAAAUCUUUUACAAAAUUGUUUUUUUUUUUUCUUUUUUUUUUUUUCGACAUAAUGCUGCAUUAUGUUUUGUGUUCUCAUUCACUUGAUUUGACAUAGGCUGGUCCAGCUAAUGUACAAGCACAUUCUCGAGUUAACUGACAGGCAAUGUCUGUAUCGAAAUGGUGAUUGGCUCUUUUACGUGUAAAGCUAUGACAUUGUCACGUGGUGGUGAACCUUCCCAUAGCUUUUCUUUGACCAUCUGCACAUCGCACUAGAAAUGAAAUGUGUCUUAGCUCAAACCUUUUCCGAGCAACCCCCUUUGGAAGAUCUCUGCAGCUUCGAUACCUUCUGCAACCAACCACUCCAUCCCACUUCUGCUGAUGUUUGUCUGAGCAUGAGUCUCCUCACUGGCUAGAGCACAAAUAUAGCGGGUGAUGGAUGUUAGAUUAAUGGCAUGAUACAGUAAAGAUCAAAUUAAUCCAGUCAGCAGAAUCACAAAAUAGUCAAAAUCUGAAAACUCAGAACUUGCUACUUGAUUGAAAAGGUUUGUUUACCUGUGAAUUCGGUCAGUGGUCUCAUUUCUAGAUGCUUUUUAGUACUUUUGACUUACAGUUGAAGUCAGAAGUUUACAUACACUUAAGUAAGUCAUUAAAACACAUUUUUUAACCACUCCACAGAUUUCACUAAUAUGAAAUCUGUGGAGUGGUUAAAAAAUUAGUUUUAAUGACUUACUAACUAGAGUUUUGGCAUUUCAUUUAGGACAUCAAAUUUUUGCAUGGCACAAGUAAUUUUCCAACAAUUGUUUACAGACAGAUUGACUAUAUCACAAUUCCAGUGAGUCAGAAGUUUAUAUACAUUAAGAUAACUGUGCCUUUAAGCAGCUUGGAAAAUUCCAGAAAAUUAUGCCAAGCCUUUAGGCAAUUAGCCAUUUAGCUUCUGAUAGGCUAAUUUGAGGUAAUUGAAGUUGUACCUGUGGAUGUAUUUUAAGGCCUUCCUUCAAACCCCUGGCCUCUUUGCUUGACAUCAUGGGAAAAUCAAAAGGAAGUUAAAGCUCAAUCACAAAUAUGUCUUCAAAAUGGACAAUGACCCCAAGAAUACCUCCAAAAUUGUGGCAAAAUGGAUUAAAGUUCACAAAUUAAAGGUAUUGGAGUGGCCAUCACAAAGCCCUGACCUCAAUCUGAUAUUUGUGGGCAGAACUGAAAAAGCUUGUGCGAGCAAGGAGGCCUACAAACCUGACUCAGUUACACCAGUUCCGUCUGGAGGAAUGGGAUAAAGUUCCAGAAGCUUGUGGAAGACUCCCCAAAAUGUUUGACCCAAGCUAAACAAUUUAAAAGCAAUGCUACCAAAUACUAACAAAGUGUAUGUAAAAUUCUGACCCACUGAAAAUGUGAUGAAAGAAAUAAAAGAUGAAAUUAAUCAUUCUCUCUAAUAUUAUUCUGACAUUUCACAUUCUUAAAAUAAAGUAGUGAUCCUAACUGACCUAAGACGGAAUGUUUUCUACAUUUAAAUGUCUAAUGUCGAAGGUGUAUGUAAAAAUUCUGAAUUUAACUGUAAAUUGGUAUUUGAAAAUGUCUGUUUUAGAUGUAUCCAAAUAUGUUGGAACAUCAAUUUAUAACAGCUAGAUAGUACAGGAGGCAUUGUAUUAUAUGUGAUAAAUACUGUCCAAUCAGCUGUCAGUCGGUGUAACGUUGAUACUGUUUUGACUUUGUUUGGAACUAUUUUCAUUAGCUUAGCAAAAAUAGACAAAAUAACUGGCCAUAUUUAGUUUAAAAUGUAAGUUACUCGAUAUGAACUUCUCAUUUAUUGAACUGUUAUAUUAAAGCAAGCACGGAUGUGAUUAUCUGCAGCCUUGUGCCUACGACACGAUCACAGCCAUGCUUCUAUUUAGAACAACAGCACAUUUGUGUAAAAUAACUUAAAUAUCAAUUUUGCCUCACCUGUAGUAUCUGCUAUUUAUAAAAUAGUGAAAUAGGAUUGUUUUGGUGCAACCAACUUGGGCUUGUAACAAAGAAAGACCAGGAUGUAUUUCUGUCGAUUUGACACAGUCCUCUCAACAUCAGCCAUGACAGACACUGUGAAUGGGCUCAGGUGGUGUUUUUAUGGUGGAGUCGCUGGAGUCAAAGUCAGGUCAGUUUCCCAGAGGUUGUCUACGGACCUCCUCGAAGAGCAUAAGGACUAAUCCACAGGAAACACAGUCAGCUCGCUUUUCUUUUCCCAGCAGGAACAUCUCUGUAAAUUCAAAGCAUCUGUAACACAAGCUGUCCCAGAUAUGAGCUUUUAUUCUUAGCACAUAAAAAAGGUGGAUGAGCUGAAACAAAAUUAAAACAAACAUUGGUGAGAUCAAGAGGAUAAAUAGUCAGUCACCAAAGGUCACGUUUAAGAACAUGAAAGGGUCAUAGUAGAU